UUUUCUAGCCAGCCUCAUCUUCAUCCAGCACGCCGACAGCCACCAAUCCUUCUUGGUCUUACGACGGCUGUUUCACUGACACCGUCAACCCUCGCACGUUGUCUACCUGGUCGAACUUCAAUGGCAACAAUAUGACGAACGACGGGUGCAUUUCGUUCUGCGACAACGCUGGAUUGGCGGUCGCCGGCACCGAGUACGGCGGCCAGUGCUUCUGUGGUGACGACAUUUCAUCGACCAAGCUCGACGAAGCGGAGUGCAGUAUGCCCUGCACAGGUGCGACGAACGAAGUCUGUGGUGGAUCAGCGGCUUUGAGCGUGUGGAAAAAGACGGCGACGAGCAAGUUUAAGUUGGAGAGGCGCUAUACGAAUCAUUUGGUUAGACAUGAGCGGAAGAUGAUGUUUUGAUCAUUUGACUUGACACGGCCUGUGUGAUUUCUAUGUACAGGAUU